GAGUCCUAUUUUUCUUUCCAUGGAAAUAUACCACGGUGUGUUUAAGGGGGUGGAAACAUUCCCAUAAAUGUGGCGUUCGCGGAUGACUUUGGAAGGACAAUAAAGCAAAGUCACAGCAGGGGAGCGACGCUCAGCAAUAACGCAGCAAAUUAUUCGUUUUUAAUGUUUAUGCUAACCAUUCUGGUCAUUACUUAGCUGGAGUGUACACCAUUGAGGCCUUUUAAGACCCGUAAAAGCAUCUCAAAACCAUUGUAAUAAUACAAACAAAAAUGAGGUCAGCUUGAAACGCGACCGAUACAAACCAUCAGGCUGUGUUAAACCUCGUGUAAUAUAUUACGUGCGUAAACAAUAGCAUAUUGCAGCUUUGUGUCUGAUUUUGUACACGAACGACAUGCGACGGUGCGCGCAUUUAUGAGAUUUGCGUCAACGUGUUGUGCUGCUAAUGGGUCAAAUCUGCCACCCAUAACUUCCUCUGUGGACUUUGUAUUGCUGCUUAUGCUCGUGUAUUUCCCUCAUGUCAUCAGACAUGCUGGAGUCACUGAAUACGUCUCAAAAGCACUUUUGGGGUGUGUUGCGUGUGUCGUGCGCGCGCGCGCGUGCGUGCGCGCGAGUGGCGGGGGGGCGUUCUCGCCUGACAUCCUCAAACAAUACGAGAAAGAGGAAUGAACGAAUCCGCGCGCCCGAAGCUUGGGGUCUUCCCUGCAAUAGUGAGAGUCGGCCAUUCUUAAAAACACACUUGUUAUUUUGGUUUUCCGCAGUUGGGAGGGCGAGAGAAGGAUAAAGAUGUAAAUAAAAGUGGCUCAGCUGAGCGAGGCGGCAGCAGCAGACUUUUUGGAUCAAUCAGGCAGUCAGUGGCUUCUUUUGAUGAAAGCCCAAAUUGUCAUUGGGCAGAGGUAAUCAUGUGACAGGCAACUCGGUCCAAUUUCAACCUUGUCUCCAUGAAUUCAAUAGUUUCAUAGGAGCUCGGGUCCCCACACGGCCGUAAUCACUGAAAUAGGAAGAGGAAACCAUCACAGGACAUUUUUGAAUGUUUUUAUUUUUUGGGGGGUCGUCGCCUCGCCAUUGAGUUUGUCGACAAUAACGCGUACAAACUUUCCUGGGCUCGCAGGGAGAGGAGAUGAAUUACGAAUUCGAGCGAGAGAGCGGAUUUAUCAAUAGUCAGCCUUCACUUGCUGAGUGCCUGACAUCUUUCCCCCCUGUCGCUGAUUCAUUUCAAAGUUCAUCAAUCAAGAGCUCGACACUGAUUCCUCCUCCCUUCGAGCAGACCAUCCCCAGCCUCAACCCGGGCAGCCAUCCGCGCCACGGCCGCCCGAGACACAGCCCCGACGGAUGCAGCCCGCUGCCCACCGCCUCCCUGCCUCCGGAGUACCCGUGGAUGCGGGAGAAGAAAGCCUCCAAGCGGAACCACCUGCCCACGUCCACCGCUACCACCUUAGCCAAUAAUGGACCCGUGUGCUUCUCCCCCAAAGGCUCGCCGGAGGUCGCGGAAGGCGGAGGGAUAAGCGCCGGCUCCCGCCGGCUCAGGACGGCCUACACCAACACCCAGCUCCUGGAGCUGGAGAAGGAAUUCCACUUCAACAAGUAUCUGUGCCGGCCCAGGCGGGUGGAGAUCGCGGCCCUGCUCGACCUGACCGAGAGGCAAGUCAAAGUGUGGUUCCAGAACCGGCGCAUGAAGCACAAGCGGCAGACGCAGAGCAAGGAGAACCACAACGGCGACGCCGGAAAGGGUCCCGGCGGUGGGGAGGACGGAAUGCACAGCGAGGACGACGACGAGGGGCCCCUGUACGAGCAAAGCGGGGCCCUGCUGGAGAGAGACACCUUCUCCUUUCACAACAACAAUCUGGAAUCCACGCAGCAGGUCCACAAUAGCUUCGCUGCUGCGCCGCUGAGCAGCAAUGAGAAAAAUCUCAAACAUUUUCCCAACCCGUCACCCACUGUUCCGGGCUGCGUGUCAACAAUGGGCCCCGGCUCGGCAUCUGCGCCGGACAAUGGCGACAGUCCCCCUGCCCUGGAUGUUUCUAUACACGACUUCCAAGCUUUCUCGUCGGAUUCCUGCCUGCAGCUCUCCGAUGCAGCCUCGCCGAGCUUGUCAGAAUCCCUGGACAGUCCCGUGGACAUUUCUGCAGACACUUUCUAUUUUUUCUCGGAAUCCUUAACUACAAUCGACCUGCAGAAUCUCAAUUAUUAACAGCAAUCAAUGACGACUGGUUCUCCUUCUUUUCGGGGUUAACUCAAUUUAUCUUAUUUGUAUAUUCGGCACACAUUUUGUGGGACGGUAAAGAUGAAAAUAAAUCACAGAGAGGAGGACAGUAAUUAUCACAACGGAUUUGUUUUUUUUUUGGAGUGGAAAUUAUUAUGGGUGUGUGUGAAAAUCUACAAUAUUCGGCCCGUGUGGAAACUGGUCAUUUUUAUUUUUGUAUA